AUCAACCUGACUUGGAGGUUCUGCCAAAAGCUCCUGAUGUGAGAUUCCAAUCCAUUGAUGCCAAGCUCUCCAAUGCCUUGAGAAAAGUCAUUGACAAUGCUGGGGACAAGUCCAUGCAAGUGAAGUAUGACAUGUCCAUGAAGAACCAAUUGUAUGGGAGAAGUGGGGACUUCAUCAAGGGACGAGAACUAUUUGCAAUGAUAUUGAUUAGCUUCAAGUCACCUGACCAUACUGAAGUUCUCUACAAUGCCCAUCAUUUGUAUAUGUUCAACUAUUAUGGAGAUGAUCAGCUUGAGGCAUUCUACAACAAGUGGCUUGACAUCGUAUACAAUAUGAAACAUGAUGAUCUGCCUUCCAACAAUUCCCUGCGUGACACAUUGUUCCGGAAGAUUGAACAUUCAAAGCUUAUGGCCUUCGAUAUCAACCGAUACAAAACCUUUGAUGAAGGGCAUCCUGAGAAGACCUAUACUUACCUAACUGGUAUGAUCAAAGGAUACAUAGCACGAGGGAAGCAAGAACGACUGUUGAAAGAUAGAGAACGUGCAGUGAAACUGUCAUUGUCCUCGAACAAGACGACACCUGCCUUAGAAGAUGCAGACAAGCCUGCUGCUCCCGUCAAAACCAAGAAGGAGAACGAAGCAGCCGCAUCGUCUAUAGGUGAUCCUCCCAAACGUCCUAAGGCGAAAGCGAAGAGUGAAGCUGCAUCAGUACUUCCUACACCUUCUCCGAAGUCUCAUGCCGACAAGAACAACAAGAAAGGCAAAGGUGGGAAGGGGAGAUCAUCUUCACCCGUGGACAAGAAGAAGAUUUUCUCCAACGGUUCAACUGCUACUCAGACGGAAGCAGAGAUUGACCUGGGAACCUUUGAUGUGAUCUCUCAUGCCUAUGUACUGGACGAUAUCUUCGACAAAGACAAAGAUCCAGAAGAGAUGAGUCAGACUCAGAAGCAUAUGCUCAUCAAGUACAUUGACUAUAACGAGCUGCGACGAAACGACUUUGACCCGGACAAGGCUGAUGCUCUUCUCCAGCUCUCAGACGAUCUAUUAGCGCUAAACGCAUGGACAGAUGCGCCUUACUAUUUCUACCGCAGGGCCACUGAAG